CGGCUUAGACAAAUCGUCAGGCGGUGAUAUGGUAAUAAUCCAUCCUGGCGAAUUAUCCGCAAACACCACCCAAAGUCCCAGAAAGUUAAACUAGGCGUGGCACAACUCAGAAUCAUGGAAAACAAACUGGUCGAGGCGUUUGUUAAGCAAGUGAGCGAGCUGAUACCUGAUGACGCAGAGAAGGACAAGUUGUUUGAGGCACUCCGCAAGUACCAAGGGUCCUCCGAUGUGCCGUUCCUGGUGCAGGACCUGAAGAGAGUGCUUAAUGAUCCAACCAAGCUAGAAAUAUACGACUAUGUCAGGCCCCUGAUUCGUCCUGCCCAUCAGCAGCAAUAUGACAAGCUGACACCAAAUGCCCCUGGCACAAAACUGAGGGUGAUCAAACUGCGAAGGAGGGGCAAUGAGAGCUUUGGAUUUGCUGUGCGCGGGGGUAAGGAGCAUGGUGUGGGUAUAUUUGUGUCCAAUGUCCAGCGCGGCAGCCAGGCAGACUUGAGGGGGCUGAAGCUAGGAGAUGAGAUAGUGCGAGUGAAUGGGUUCACUAUUGUGGAAGCUAUACAUGAGGAGGUCCUUAACCUGAUCAAGGGCAAGGAUGAGAUCGAGCUAAAGGUCACCAACCUUGGAAUGGUUCCAAUUAAGCAAAAGCCGACCGACCCUGUCAGCUGGCAGUACGUAGAGAAGGAGAGUCUCGUCAAAAAGAACUCUGUGCCUUCUUCUGGUUAUGAGGGGCCAGGGGAAGUGGUGAAGAUCUUCAUCAACCUGCGGGGAGCCUCCAGCCUAGGAUGCAGCAUUGUGAGUGGCCCAAAGCAGUUUCCUGGAAUCUUCAUCGAACGUGUGGGCCCUGGUAGCCUGGGUGCAGAGUACGGCCUUGAGGUCGGUGACCAGAUACUUGAGGUGAACAAACGCUCCUUUCUCAACAUACGCCACAACGAGGCCAUCGUUGAACUCAAGGGUAGCAAGGAGCUGAAUAUUGUCCUCAAGAAAAAGGCGGCCUUGCCUCUGCUUAAUGCCAAGAACAUGGUGAAUCCCCAAGACAGCCCGACCGAUGAGAGGAAUGAGGACAGUGUUUCAAGGUCAACAGUGGACAGUGAAGACACCAUUGGAGAUGAAGUGGCAGAGGAGCUGUAUGCGACAGUUAACAAGACGCGGGAGGAUGACCUCGAGAAGGAGAGGAAGUUACAAGGCGAGGAGCAGAUCAGGGCCAAGUUCCGGGAGCAGGAGCGUCAGAGGCAGAUAGCAGAGGAGGAACGUCAGGCUGAGGAGAUACUGCAAGCUGAGGAGAGCGCCCGGGAGGAGGCUGAGAAAGCUAGGAGGGAGGUGGAGCAAUUAAGGAGGGCUGAGGAGGAGAGGAGGCUGCAGGAAGAUGAGGAAAGGGCUAGAGAACAGCGAGAGCGUGAGUUAGCAGCGGAGCGUGAGUUAGCUGCGGAGCGUGAGGCAAAAGAGGAACGCAAGAAACAGGAGAAACAGGCCAAGAAACAACAGUCUGCGGUGUUGGCAGGUCGGGUGGGGUCUGCUAGCUCCAUGAAACCCACACUGCUAGGAGCUGCCACGGGAUCCAAGUCCUCAUUUGGUAAACUGACAAAGAAGACAAUCAAGGAAGUUGAAGUCAUCAAGGAGGAAGAUGUACCUCUGGACAUAGAGUUGGAGGGUGGGAUAGGCUCUCCGCUUGGAGGAAAGAUUGUCGUCUCAGAGAUCUACUACAACGGAGCAGUCGAUAGAAAUGGUGGAAUGGGGAAAGGAGAUACGAUACUGAAGGUUAAUGGGGUGGCCCUGGAUGACAUGAGCCUUUCCCAGGCACAGGAGCUACUCUGGAAGGUGGAACAGGAGUGCAAGCCAGGGGGUUCUAUAAAGUUCGCAAUUGUUGAGUCUGAGAUCAAGCAUGAAGAUGAAAUUACCUUCUUCUGACUUGGACCGUUUGUGGGGUGUGUCAGGGUGGGGUGAGGAAAGACUGGGCAGGGAUGACUCCCAUAGUUUCUAUGCCUCGUCCAGUCUCCCUAUCACUUACAUACACUAAGAUGUGGAUACUUGAUGAUUCUUGCCACGCAUACUGAUAAAACAUUCUAUAAGGACUUAUUAUUAAGCAUACAUGUAUAGAACAAUGAUUGAAUGAAUAGCGCUUGUUUAAUUUUCAUUGAUUUGAUUCAGAAUGUGUCUUGAUAAAACUGUUAUUCAUUUACUUAUUUAGAAACCAUCUCCAACAAAACUGUUUAACACACUAUUUUCGAAUCAUUUAUGUUGAUGUAUAAUCAGGCAACCUGUAUGCAUUUUUGAAAAUGAAAUAAACACAUGUUAAACAAG